CAAAAAGCCAACACAAGCAAAACAAUUAGAGGUUGUGUAACCAGAAAAGUGAGAUAGAGAGAAAUGGCUAGCUUCACUGCCUCCGCUUCCACCGUCUCCGUCGCUCGCCCUGCUCUCCUUCUCAAGCCCACCGUCGCCGUCUCUGCUCCUGUUCUUGGUUUGCCUCCAAUGAGUAAGAGCAAGGGAGGAGUUAGAUGCUCGAUGGAGACCAAGCAAGGAAACGUAUCAGCCGUUGGAGCUGGAGUUUCUGCGGCGGCUACAGCAGCUUUGACGGCUGUGAUGAGCAGCCCGGCUAUGGCUUUGGUGGAUGACAGGAUGUCAACGGAGGGAACAGGACUACCCUUUGGUCUGAGCAACAACCUCUUGGGUUGGAUUCUUUUGGGAGUGUUUGGUUUGAUCUGGACUUUCUACUUUACCUACACUUCAUCUCUUGACGAGGAUGAAGAGUCUGGUCUUUCACUUUGAACAUGAACUAUAUGUUCUUCAUCAGUGUUCAUCUCUCUCCUUUUCCAUUUUCAUGUGAGGACAUGAAUCAAACAAUGUUCUUCUGGUUACUUGAUAUGUAAGCAAACACCCAUAUGAAAACUAGUUUCAUGUGUACAUGUUUCAAUGUUUCACAAUCUGUAGAAUCAACACCUAAUACAUUUAAGAAAC